GCGGUAACAAUGCCUUUAUUGUUUGGGAAGAUGCGGAUAUUGAUCAGGAAAAAACCAACGAAGGCCUUUUUGUGCGCUUCCUGGUGCGUAUGGAAGAUGUGAGCAAGCGUGUAAAUGCUGAGCUUACUCCUGAAAUGAGUGAAGCAGACCGCGAUGCGAAAAUUGGUGAAAUCAGCAAGCAAAUUGCCGAUGAAGCUACUGAGGAAAAUGACUAUGAGGCCAAUGUAAAAAGCUUUUACCACGGCAAUGAGUUUUAUCUUUUUGUAUAUGAGCGCUACAACGAUGUGCGCCUGGUAGGUGCUCCACCCAGCUCCAUUGGUAAAUUUGGUGGUGACACAGAUAACUGGAUGUGGCCGCGCCAUACUGGUGAUUUUUCGCUUUUCCGCGUAUAUACCGCACCUGAUGGCACUCCCGCUGAUUAUUCCGAAGAAAAUAUUCCCAUGAAGCCCAAGCACUACCUGCCUGUUUCUCUGGACGGUGUGAAAGAGGGUGAUUUUUCAAUGGUAUUUGGUUACCCAGGAAGUACGGAUCGCUACUUAAGCAGUUAUGGCGUAAAGCAGGCCAUUGACAAGUACAACCCCACCGUGGUAAAGAUUCGUGACCGCAAGCUUGAGAUCAUGAAAAAAUACAUGGAUCGUGAUCCUGCUACCCGUAUUGCCUACUCUUCAAAAUACGCUCAAACUUCCAAUUACUGGAAGUACUACAUCGGGCAGACCGAGCAAUUGAAAAACAACAAUGUUUGGGCUAAGAAAAAAGUUAUUGAAGAUGAUUUUGCCAAAUGGGUAAAAGCCAAGCCUGCCCGCCAGGAAAAAUACGGUGAAACGAUCUCCCUGCUGGAAGAAGCUUAUAAUAAGUCUGAUGAAUAUGUAACGGGUAAUGUUUAUGUAUUGGAAGCCGGGCUUUUAGGUUCUGACCUUACCCUGUUUGCUUUUCGUUUUGACCGUUUAAUGGAUGCUGCCUUUACCAUCCGCGAGCAAAUGGAAGAAAAAAUGGACGAAGCAGAAGAUGAUGAAGCCCGCAAGCAGAUUAAAGAAGAGUAUGAAGGCCGUUUUAAUGCGAUUAUGGCCAGCAUAAAUGAAUCUGUAGAAGAGCACUUCAAGGAGUAUAAUAAGGAUAUGGACAAGGAGCGCUUUGCAGCUCUCUUUCAGAUGUAUUAUGACAAUGUUCCUAAAGACCAGCAACCGGAAUUUUUCCGCCUGGUAGAAGAUAAGUUUGACGGAAACUUCUCUGAGUUUGCGGAUGAGGUGUACGAAGAUUCUUUUCUGGCUUCAAAAGAAGAAGUGCUGGAAUAUCUUGAAAAACCGAAAGAAAAAACCCUUCGUAAAGAUUAUGCAGCCAUGGCUGGUCGCCAAUUGAUAAAUAUGUACCGGGGUUCUGCCCAGGCACAUGAAGAUACGGAUGCUAAGAUGGAAAAAGGUUACCGCUUACUUACGGCCGGCCUGCGUGAGAUGAAUCCCAACCGCAAUUAUUCUCCUGAUGCCAACAGCACCAUGCGCAUGACGUACGGUACCGUAGGUAGUUACUACCCAAGGGAUGGUGUGUUUUAUGAUUAUUAUACCACCGCAGAAGGUAUCCUGCAAAAGGAAGAUCCUAAUGAUAUGGAAUUUGUGGUGCCGGAUCAUAUGAUCAGUCUUAUAGAAGAAGGUGAUUACGGCCGCUAUGCAAAUUCCGAAGGAGAACUUCCGGUGUGCUUUAUCAGCAAUAAUGAUAUUACCGGUGGUAAUUCCGGAAGCCCGGUAAUAAAUGGCAAAGGAGAGCUUAUUGGUUGUGCUUUUGACGGAAACUGGGAAGCGAUGAGUGGUGAUAUCUUCUUUGAAACUAACCUGCAGCGUACUAUCUCCGUAGAUGCCCGUUAUAUUCUUUUUGUAAUUGACAAAUAUGCCGGUGCUAAAAACCUGGUAGAUGAAAUGACCCUGGUGCAAACAGAUGAUGCUCCGGUGGUGGAAAAAGAUAUGCCCCGUGAGGCACAGGAAGUAAUGAACUAA